UUAUUGCCCGCAAGCCUUGGGAAGAAGGCACGGUCUAGGGCUUCAACGGGGGCGCCUCGAGGCCUUCCGCGAUCCCAGAGCUGAGGGGCUUCACUGGCUUGGUUUCUCGUCGUAACGAUGCCGACCUUCACCGCGAUCGCUUUGGAAAGACUUUUGGAGCCUGCGUCUCGUGACCCUGCUCCGCUGCCGCCACCGGCGCCUAUUAAGGUGGGGACGGCGGCGCGAUUAACGACGAUAAAGGAUUGCAUAGCUCGGCCCAACAUUUCGCCUGCCCUCUAUGCCACCCCAAAAAGCACUCCGCUGCCGGAUUCCCCUACGUCAUUUCCUCCGGAGUCACCGUACAUGAUCAAUCAUAAAAGACGUGGCCCUCGUCUCGCCAAGAGCUUCUUGCAGAACGAUGCUAGUGACGGACAACCGAACCAGUAUGAGGUUGAGCAGAAGGUUGAAGCGGUGAGUGGAAACGGGCGUGAUCCAGAGGAGCACAAACCCCGGGAUGCACAUACAGAUCAGGUUGGAUCGGUCGUGGAUAAAUUUAGUGGGGGGGAGCUGCAAGAUGCAAGUUUGGAUAAAGGGAUGGUUGGAGCUGAGGGAACAAUAAAGCUUGUUUCUGAUGACCCUGAAAGAGAUGAGGAUGCUCAGGAUUUCUUUGACAUACGGAGUACUGCCAGCAAUUCUGAAGUUGAUGAUAGUUAUGGUCGAUGGAAACCUGGUACCCCUUUGGGGGAGUAUUAUGAUGCUCUUGAAGAGAUUUCUAGUGAUGGUACAUCACAAUCUUCCUAUCGGAACAUUGAAGAUGAACUGCGUGAGAUGAGGCUUAGUUUAUUGAUGGAAAUACAGAAGCGGAAGCAAGCUGAAGAAGAGCUGGAGAAUUUGCAAAACCACUGGCACAGACUCUCUCAUCAUCUGUCGCUUGUAGGUUUUAGCCUUCCUCUUCCUCCGAUUGCCACUGAGGAUAUGGGUGCACAGGUAAACUUGGAUCCUGCAGAGGAGUUGUCUCGACAGAUAGUUGUUGCACGCUCUGUGGCUGAUGCUGUCGGGCGGGGUUGCGCCCGUGCUGAGGUUGAAUCAAAGAUGGAAUCCCAAAUUUCAUCAAAGAAUUUUGAGAUCGCUAGGUUAUUGGAUCGACUCCAUUAUUAUGAAGCUGCAAAUAGAGAAAUGUCUCGGUGGAAUCAAGAGGCAGUCGGACUGGCACGACAACAAAGCAUCAAGCGCAAGAGACGGCAGAGGUGGUUUUGGAGCUCAAUUUGUGUCGCUAUUACCCUUGGUGGUGCUGCCAUUGCUUGGUCCUAUCUUCCUUCACCAAGGCCAAAUCCCCCAGAUGGUGAUCUGACUACUGGUCCUGAACAAUGAAAGGAAAGACAAAUCACAAUAAUCAGCUUAGUCGAUAGAAUUUUUCUUCUAACAAAAAGUUCAUAUUUAUAGUUGAAGGUGUAUAAGAUCUGCGAGAUUUCUGCCCUACAGGCCUGCAGUUUUGAUCUCUUAUUUCUCUGUCGUUUGUUUCCGUGUGGGUCAUUUUUGUUCAGUAUUACGCCCCACUAGUUUCCGGCUGCUACACAUUAGCUGCUUUGCAGCUAAAACUGAAUAAUAAUUUUGAUAAUAAUACAAAAGAACAUUUUGGAUGGA